AUGGCGAAGAUCACGCCGCAGGCAGAAGAGGUGUCCAAAACCAAGAGCGAAGAGUAUAUUGAGGAGGUUGCUCUGGCGAGAUUGACGGAAGAAGACUUAUGGAAGCUGUCCCAGGAGUCGCUGAGUCUUUGGUCAUGGGCUGGUGUUCGUUUGGGUCUUAUCAUGUUUGUGCAGGGCUGUAACCAGGCUGGCUUUGGAGUUGAUUGGGGAGUUAUUGGUGGAAUUGAUGCAUUGGAUGCAUGGCACACCUACUUUGGUUUUGGUACCGCGGGUAGUACUUACGGACUCAUCAAUGCUCUAAUGAGCAUUGGAACAGUCUGUGGUGCUCCAUUCAUGGCUUUUGCCGACGUGAUCGGUCGUCGGGGAAUCAAUUUCGCUGGAAAUGCGAUUGUCAUUCUUGCCGCAAUCUUACAGGGCUGCGCCACCAACUUGAACAUGUUCAUGGCUGGCCGAUUUUUCAUGGGCUUCGGUACCGCUUUGAUGUCAAGCUCGCAGUAUAUUGGUGAAAUUUCUCCGGUCCAUCUUCGCGGUCGUAUGGUUGGUUUCUUCGGUGCCUGCUUCCAAGUAGGCAGUUUAGUCAUGCUGGGUGCUAUGAUCGGACUAGACACCCUGCCCGGAAACAACUGCUGGCGUAUUCCUCUGAUCCUUGAAGCUGUAUUCCCAGCCAUUGUCUGCUUAACCAUCUUUUUCUUGACCCCAGAGUCACCUCGAUGGUACAUCAUGAAGGGCCAGCGCGAGAAGGCCAAGAAAGUGAUAGCCAAGUACCAUACCACCAGUGGCGAUGUCAACCAACCAAUUGUUGAGAUCGUGGUCGCUCAGAUAGAAGAGUCUUUGGAGGGCGAUCGAAGUGGCUUCUCGGACUUCUGGGAUUAUCGAGUCUUCUUCACCAAGACUGCUCGCUAUCGACUUCUGGUUCUAACCCUAUACUCAAUCUUCCAGCAGUGGAACGGUGGCGGUAUCAUCACAUACUAUAUGACACCGGCACUGGAGACCAUCGGUAUUGACACCACAAAGCAACAGCUGGGAAUUACAAUUGGUAGCACAGCAACCUAUUUCGUCUUUACCGCGGUUGGGGCUUUGCUAGUUGACAAAUUCCGCCGACGAACCCUCAUUUUCGCCGGCUUAAUCGCUAUGAUCAUUUUCCAAACCGCUACGACCAUCACAUCCUGGCAGUACAGCCUUACCUCAAGCCACGCUGCUGCAGCUUUGACCAUUCUCUGGAUCUUCUUAUACCAAACAUUUUCUGCGUCUCUAAUCGCUACGAUGCACAAUCUUUACCCAGUGGAAGUGCUCUCCUUGGCACUCCGUGCGAAAGGCAUGGGUCUGUACAGUCUGAUUCAAGGUGGCGCAAGCGCUGCUCAAAGCUAUGGCAUUAGCGUGGGAAUCAACAAAAUUGGUUAUAAGAUUUGGGUGGUGUACAUUGCAUACAACUCCAUCCAGCUGGUCCUGUCUUAUUUUUUCUUUCCCGAAACCAGUGGGCUGAGUUUAGAGGAGAUUGACACCGUGUUCGAGACCCCUGGAGUGUCACCUGUCAAGAUGUCACUGGAUAUGGAGAAGGCAAAGAAGGAAAGGGCUAUGGCCAGACGGGACGAGGAAGGUAGGUCUGGACUGUGA